AUGGCGGACCAACCUACGGCCCCGGGCGCCCCGAACGCUCCGAUUAAUUCGCCACACCAGACGACGACGGUGACCAACCAGCCGGAUUUGAUCGCCGCCCCUCAAACGGAGGAAGAGGUGUGUGAAUCCUCGGCCGGGGGACCGCCCGGGGAUGGCGAAGACCCCAACUACGAUGAAGACUCCUAUUCUAGCGAAUCGGAUUCCGCCGUGGGAGUUGAUUCCGUCAGCAGUUCGAAUUCUAUCACGGCGAGCAUUAUGGAAUAUCGCAAUAUCAAGGGCCGGACGUAUCAUAGCGCCAAGCAUGAGUCUAAAUAUUUCACGCCCAACGAUGAGCAGCAGAUGGAAUCUCAAGAUAUCACGCAUCAUUACUUGACGGUUAUGUUGGAUGAUAGGCUGUUCCUUGCACCGGUUCCUGAUAAUGUGAAGAGGGUUUUGGAUGUUGGAACUGGAACCGGAAUUUGGGCUAUCGAUAUGGGUGAUAAAUACCCGGAUGCCGAAGUCAUAGGAACGGAUUUAUCGCCGACGCAACCGUUAUGGGUGCCGCCAAACGUAAAGUUCGAGAUCGACGACUGCACCAAAGAGUGGACGUGGCCGGAGGGCUACUUCGACUUCAUCCAUAUGCGUUAUCUAUUCGGCGCUAUCAGUGACUGGUCUGAACUCUUACACCAAGCGUAUAGAUGCUGCGCGCCGGGCGGUUGGGUGCAGUCCUGCGAAUGCGAUAUCGCGAUGAACUCGGACGACGACACUAUUAGGCCGGAGAGUGUCAUUAAAACUUUCUGGAAUCCCCUCUGGAAAGAGUUGCCCGAAAAGCUGGGAGUCAGCUUCCAGGUCGUCGAGGAAGGGUUGCAGAACAAGGGUUUCGAGGAGGCUGGAUUCGUGGAUAUCACGGAAGUAAACUACAAAUUGCCUAUCGGCGGCUGGCCUCUGGAUCGCAAACUAGCUGAGAUUGGGCAGCUUACGCUCCUAACCCUUAACAACGAUAUAGAAGGCUACACUUUGAUCCCAUGGAAUGUAGUUUACGGCGAGGAAACACCAGGUUAUCAAGAGACCCUUGCGUAUAUGCGCAGGGAGAUUAGGUCUAGGUCGACGCAUGCAUAUAUGAGUAUUCGAUAUGUGUACGGCCGCAAACCCUGA